AUGUCUAUCAAAUCCGUCCACCCUGUCACCAAGACCCCUUACGCCCAGCGGGCAGAAACCGCUCAGCACCCGCUCUCCUCGUACCUGCUCCGCCUCAUGGCUCUCAAGCGCUCCAACCUCUGCCUCAGCGCCGAUGUUUCCACGACGAACCAGCUGCUCAGUCUCGCCAAUGCUGUCGGGCCCUCCAUCGUCGUCCUGAAGACACACUACGACCUCGUCGCGAACUGGGACUACCACCCGACGAGCGGCACGGGUGCACGCCUUGCACGUCUCGCACGCAAGCACGGCUUCCUCAUCUUCGAGGACCGCAAGUUCGGGGACAUCGGCCACACCGUGCAGCUGCAGUACACGGAGGGCACGGCCAAGAUCAUCGAGUGGGCUCACAUCACCAAUGUGAACAUGGUGCCCGGGAAGGCGGCCGUGGACGCCCUGUCCGACGCGGCGGUGCGCUGGAAGGAGCGCAAGCGCUACGAGGUCAAGACGGACAUCUCGGCCGGCGCGCCGGAUCCCGAGGGAAUGGAUUCGGACGGCGAGGAGAACGAUACCGUCACCCCCAUGACGGACGAGGGCCUGCAGUACGCCGCUACGGUGGGCCGCAAGGCGAGUAUCGUGUCCGUCACGACGGUGUCGCAGCACUUUGAGCCGGCCAACUCCCCGCGGACGUACGAGGGCUUUGCGGCGGAAGACCAGGUGCUGGAGGGUAUCGAGGAGGCGCCUAUGGAUCGGGGCCUGCUGAUCCUGGCGCAGAUGAGCUCGCAGGGCAAUUUCAUGACCAAGGAGUACACGGAUGCUUGUGUGGAGAGCGCGAGGGAACACAAGGGCUUCGUGAUGGGCUUCAUCUCGCAGGAGAGUCUGAACACGGAGAAGGGAGAUGCUUUUAUAACUAUGACCCCCGGCUGCCAGCUGCCGUCCGAUUUCGAGGACGACGAUGCAGAAGUCAAGGGCGAUGGGAUGGGGCAGCAGUACAACACUCCGCAGAAGCUGAUUGGCACGAUGGGUAACGACAUUGUGAUUGUGGGCCGGGGGAUUAUCAAAGCCGACGACCCUGUCCGCGAGGCGGAGCGGUAUAGGAAGAAGGCCUGGCAGGCAUACGAGGAGAGAAUCGCGGCUUGA